UGUCCCACGUGCCUGAUAGCUACUGCACAAAAACAUGACGGCUGGCUGCUGCAGACUUGGGUACCACGAAUGCAGAGUGUAGCAGCGUUUGGAAGCUGGUUGUCGUGACAGACCUUAAAACUUUGAGCUUGCGUUAACUCUUAGUUUGCAGGUGAAGCUUGUAAAACUUUACGGUAUCUUACGUAGUUUUGUCCGUGAGGAAAGCUGUGGGGAAACUUGUAUUUACGAGUUUCGGGGCUAAAGAAACAAAGAAAGUCGCUAGCACUUUUUGAAGCAGUAGUUAGGCCAAAAUUAGCAUGUCGGUCGACGCAAAUCAAGUUAAAAGCCGUCCUAUCCCCACCAGGGUGCUUACCCUGAAGGACUGGUCCCAGCUACCAGACUGUUACAGUCAAACACCCGGGGGUACCCUGUUCUCCACCACGCCUGGAGGCACCCGCAUCAUCUAUGACAGAAAGUUCCUCUUGGAUUGUCGAAACUCUCCUCUUGCUCGGACCCCCCCAUGCUGUCUUCCCCAAAUCCCAGGGGUAACUGUACCAGCCACACACUCCACGGGGAAGUUGCAGGAUCUCAAAGAGGAGGAAGAAGAGGAAGAGAAAGACAUUGCAGAUGACAACCAGUUUGAGAUGGACAUCUGAGCUGCAGUAUUACCUCCUGUGGAGAUAUUUGUUUAAAUGCCUCCAAGGUCAUCACGGACCGUAACGCAUUACAAAUGAAGCUUUUUCACUUUUUUUUUUUUUUUUUUUUUUUUUUUUUUUUUUUUAAAACAAGUAAAAGCUUUUGUCUGGAAUUAAAGAAUGAAAGCAUAAAAGUAGGGUGCUUUUAACCCUACAAAAGUGUUUAUUGUACUAAAUGGGUUGUUUGGUUGCUGAUUCACUUCAGAACUGUAGCAGGAUUUAAAAAAAAUAAAUAAAUAAAUCCAUUUUGAUUUCACUUUUUAAAAUCUUUGUAAAUAAGAAACUUGUACUAUGUUGCUUUUUUUUUUUUUUUUUUUUAUUAAGUCGAGGGACUAUAAGAUGAUCAUACCGAGACAUAUGAAGUUGGUACUUUCAGUGCAUGCAUCAGUUAUCAUUUCCCCCUCCCACUCCCCUAAAAAGGAAGGUUAACUUUCUUUGUUUGGUAGACAGGUGUCACCUAACAUUGCGGGGGUGCCUUCCAAAAUUCAGGUCCUACUUUGUUUUGUAUAGAGGAAGUGAUGGAAUGUGAAGUAAUUCAAAUAAAGGCUGUGAAAACUGUCAA